AUGACUUAUAGCGUUGUUUUUUCUGAGUUUUCUACCUCAAUCCUUAUUCUUCAUCUAUCCAUAUUCUUUUUGAAUGCUGAAGCUACGCCCGCUAUAUUCGACAACCAAGUUACAGACUUGCCAACAGUGAAGUGUAUGGAUGAUCAUUUGCGGCUUGUGUUCCAAACGCAGAAACCAUUCCAUGGACGCAUAUUUGUGAAAGGAAUGGUUGACAAGGAACCUUGCGAGAAACGUUUCAUAGGCAACAAGAACACGACAAUUGACUUCGAGUUAGAGAAUGGAUCAUGCAAUAUGCGAAGACAACGAAUGAACAAUGCAAACCAGAAAGGAAUUGAACAAUCUAUAACAGUCAUCAUUUCAUUUCACGAUACGUUUAUAACGAAGGUGGAUAGAGCAUUUCGCUGUACAUGCUUCUAUAUGGAAAUGAAUACCGUGGUUACACAGAGUUUAACUGUGAGUCAAUUACCGACCACUGAUUUACAAGACAAUGCUCGUUUACCUACCUGCACGUACACAGUACGCAAAGAUUCCAUUGACGGUCCUCUUGUACAAUAUGCUCGAGUAGGAGAUACAGUGUACCAUGUUUGGGAAUGCGAUAAUGAUAUGUAUUCAAUGUAUGUUCAUAGCUGUUUCGUGGAUGAUGGUUCAGGAAGCGAUCAGAAAGCUUUACUAGAUGAAUCAGGAUGUGCCAUUGACACCCUCAUCGUCCCCGAUCUACAGUACAGCUCGGGUGCAGGCAACUUAGCUUAUGCUGAGGUGAACGUGUUCAAGUUUGCUGAUAAAGUGACUACGUAUUUUCAAUGUGCUAUCACAACAUGCUUAGUUGCCGAAGGUGGAUGUGAGAAUGUCAUGCCACCAAAAUGCGGUCCGAUCCAAAAGAAAGCAUCUCGUAAGAGAAGGAAUACUGAACUAUUAACAGAGAAAUUUAACACUGUGGAUGUUGCUUCACACGGAAUCACAGUUCUCGAUUUGAUGGAUGAAACUGAUCAGCAAUUUGGCUCUAAAAAUAUCUCGAACAACAACAGUUAUGAGAAACCGAUUCAAAUGGAACCUGCUACUAGCCAUGUCUUGAAAGAAGAAAAUCUGAAAUCUCCUUCAGAUAAUUUCCCUAAGGCAAUGGAAAAACAUAUCAUUCGUCACGUUUACAAAAAUUUGAGACACCUGCCGCCUUUGAACUGGAUAUGGGCUGAUAAAACAGUUACAACUAAAUAUAUGAAAUGGCAACUGGGGUUCCAAAUAGUAUAUAAUAAUGAAAUAAUAUUGUCUCUUUAUUGCUUUCUGAGCGAUGAAAUCCUCACCCCCCGUGAUGAAUGGUGCGUUACGGCAGACGUACUAGCAACCAUUGGUGACACGAAAAUAAGUUUGAAAUAUGAAGAAAGCAGUACAUCCGUGACAAAUAUUCUAUCUAUGUCGAAAAGUGCUCUUUUGGAUAGUUCAAACUUUAUGAAUGAUGGAGAUCUUCAUAUCACAGUUGAAAUAAGUAAUGUUAAACUUCAGAAUCAGAGAGAGUGUUUGUAUACCGACUUGGACGAGGAAUAUCAUAGACAAUCGGCAGAUGUGAUACUACGAUUGGAAAACGAAGAAAUAUACUGUCAUAGUCAGUAUCUACGAUGGAACUCCAAAGUCUUCAGAAAAACUCUUGAUCAGUUGGAAAAGAACGAAACUGGAAAGCCGUACACUGUCCAAAUCACAUUGGAUUCCGACAUCCAGUUACAGCAUUUCAAGCAUUUCAUAGAGUUUCUAUACACCCACACGCCUCCAGUAUCAGAACAAAAUGUGAAAUAUAUGGCUCAUCUCGCACACAAAUAUGAAGUUGAAACUAUUCAAACUGUUUGUGGAAGGUUCCUGAGAGAAUAUACUGGUUCACAACUGUCGAGUGUUGACAUUGUUCUUUUGGCAUUUGCAACUAACUGUUGGGCUUUUAUGGGUAGUGGAGACGAAGAAAUGAUAUGGACUCACUCAUUCAUAUCAUAUUAUUUAACGUUUUGCUGUCUCUUCACUACAACGAUAGCUUUGCUGUCCGUUCAGAGAAAUGAAAUACGCGAAUACGACAAAUUGGAUGGAUUAUGGACAUUCGUCCGCGAGACAAAUAAUGGGGGCGAUAUUGGUUUAGCAAAUCAUUGGAAUACUCAGGAUUUGCGUUCAUUCAAGAAUCAUACAGUAAUGCCAGUUCCAAGCUCUUACAAUGAUAUAAUACCUGAUGCAGAACAUCGUGAUCAUAUCGGAUGGGUAUGGUAUGAGCAACGAAGUUACAUCCCUUUAAGAGAUGUUAACUCAUCUUUCCUCUUGAGAUUCGCUAGUGUUAAUUAUUAUUCUGUUGUUUUUGUGAAUGGAGAUGAGGUUGGUCGUCAUGUUGGCGGUCAUUUACCGUUUGAAUUCGAUGUUUCUAACAAAGUUAAAAUAGGCCAAGAAAAUAAGAUAACAGUAGCAGUUAACAAUACAUUAUCAUGGGACACUGUGCCACAGGCAGAUUUCAAUUACCAAAAAAGGGCUGAGCGUAACAUAAGUGACCACUUGGUUUCAAGACUACCAGAAGGAUCAUUCAAGAAUGUCGGUCUUUUCGAUUUCUUCAAUUAUGCUGGUAUUUUGCGAUCUGUGUAUCUUAUGAAGCUGCCAAGAAGUAGAAUUGACGACGUGACUAUCACUGCUGAACAUCUAGGUUCUUUUGCCUACCAAGUGAUAACGAAUCAAAACAAUGCUGAUGAAGAUAUUGUUGUUUACAUCUAUGAUGAUAACGGAACUGAAGUUUAUAAUGGGCGAGGCUUGGAAGGCAAAGGACAUGUCCCAAAUGUGACACCUUGGUGGCCAAGAGGAAUGGGUGAACCAAACUUGUACUCAAUAAAAGUUGAAUUAGUCCGAAGUUCUACUGGAGAUGUUCUCGACGUUUUUCGUGAGUCCUUCGGUUUUCGAACUGUUAGUUGGACUAACAAGCAGCUAAUGAUCAACUCUAAACCUUUUUAUUGCCUAGGAUUUGGAAUGCAUGAAGAUUUUGAAAUUCAUGGACGUGGAUACAACGAAGCUGUCAUGACAAAAGACCUUAAUUUGGUUGAGUGGAUGAACGGAAACUGUUAUCGAACCUCCCAUUACCCAUAUGCGGAGGAACGUAUGUAUGAGAACGAUCGCCGUGGUAUUGCUUGCAUUGUAGAAACGCCUGCUGUUGGUUUGAAAGGUUUCCCUAAAAAUAACAACGCUCUGCACAUGAAUAUGGUAAAAGACAUGAUUAACAGAGAUAGGAAUCAUCCCUCAGUGAUCAUGUGGAGCAUUGCUAACGAGCCACACACGGAGAAGGAUGUUUCCCGCAAUUAUUUCAAAAAUUUGGUUAACUUGGCUCGUGAAAUGGAUCCUACUCGUCCUAUUACCACCGUCUAUGGUCCUAGCAAUUUCGACAACGACCAAACGGCUGAUUUGAUGGACAUUAUUUGCGUCAACCGAUAUUAUGGCUGGUAUAUUGACAUGGGACACUUAGAUUGGGUAAACCAAUCCGUGUAUUGGGACAUAUCACUUUGGCAUCAAACAUUUAAUAAGCCAAUAAUUGUUACUGAAUAUGGCGCAGACAGCAUGCCUGGUUUGAAUCAAGAGCCAUCCGUUGAUUUCUCGGAGCAGUAUCAAAAUGAACUAAUUGAGCGAACUCAUGAGGCCUUCGAUGCACUCAGAGCGCAAGAUAUCCUUUCGGGAGAAAUGAUUUGGAAUUUUGCUGAUUUCAUGACAGGCAUGUCUACAACUCGGGCUGUCGGAAAUCACAAAGGUGUUUUUACGCGUGGUCGUCAACCCAAAAUAGCAGCUUAUACACUGAGACGAAGGUAUGGAAAACUUUUCCGACAGAACUGA